AACUACAAGCAGCACGGUGAGGGGAACUGGCACCUCAUCGAGAAGAAAUCGGACCUGUCUCGAUCAGGGAAGAGUUGCCCGUCUGCGCUGGCUGGAUCAUCUCAGAUCCAAUCUGAAGAAAAGCCCCAUUUCGAUUGAAGAAGGGGCAUUGCUCAUCCAUCUUCAAAAGAAUCUGGGCAACAAGUUGUCUCUGAUGGCAAAAAAUUUUCCCGGUCGCACCGAUAACAAGUUGAAGAACUUUUGGAAUACACGAACAAGAAGGAGAUAUCGAGAUUCAGAUCAGAAGCGCCAACAAAUUGAUGCCCAAUCUCCUCUGCGUCGCAGUGCUGAUCUACUGGAAAUUCCUGCUUUCGUAACCUUGUGCUUCUUGGCUAGCGGUGCACAAGCAUUCUACGCCAGAGUGUUUGCUGGAACCUUCGGAAGUAGAAUGCCAGAUCUGUUGAUCGUCUCCACCUCUUUUCUGCAUUUGGGAACAGAUCGGAAAAGUUUGCUUCGCUUCCGAUCGGGGACCGAGGCGGGGCUUCGCGGUCUUGUUUUCGAUCUGAAUCUGCCCCCGGCGGAGCCUUCCGAUCGUCGGUUCAUGGUGGGCUACGCGCUCUUGCCCAAGAAGCAGCGGAGCCUCAUCCGACCCUCUCUCAUGAGCCCCGCUCGCGAUCGCGGCGUCUAUCUCGUCCCCGUCGACCCCUGGCGGCCCCUCGCCGAGCAGGGCCAUUUCAACUGCGUGAUCCACAAGCUCUACGCCGGCGAAUGGAUGGCCCGGCUCGCUGAUUUCGCCGCCAAGAGCCCCGGCGUCCCCAUCGUCGACCACCCCCUCGCCAUCGAGCGCCUUCACAAUCACGAUCGCAUCGCCAUGCUCCAUCAAGUCUCCAAGCUCAAUGCCCCUCAUGGGACAGAGACCUUCGGGAUCCCAAACCAAGCGUUGCUCCAUGACUUCAGCGCUGGGCCUUCUCUCGGAUAACCGACCUCCGGUUCCCCAUCAUCGCCAAGUCCCUGCUCUCCGACGGCAGGGCCAAGUCCCACGGGAUGACCCUUGUCUACAAACGCAGUGACUUGCUCAUGUUCAAACCUCCUCUCCUGCUCCAGGUGUUCCUCAAUCCCGCCGGCGUCAUCUUCAAGGUCUAUGUGGCAGGAAACUCUGUGCAAUACGUGAGAAGAGAGUCCCUCCCGGACGUCGCCCCUGAGCAGCACCACUCCGUCACUUUCUCUCGAGCAUCCAACACAAGUUCGCACAACCCUAAGGAGGUCGAAUGGGCAGAGCUGCCUCCAUCGAGCUUUCUCAAGAAGAUAGAGUGGGCUUGCGGAAGGCUACGGGAUUGCGCCUCUUCAGCUUCGACAUGAUUAGGGAUGCCAAAGCCCGCAACCACUACCUCACAAUUACUUCCCCGGCUACUCCAAGUUGCCUUGUUACGAAGAAUUUUUGACCAACUUCUUCUUGGACAUGGUUCAUCGGACAGGGGAAUCUGCCUCUGCCAGUUCUUCUUUCUCUGCCAGACUGCCACGGACUGAUGGGUUGGAUCCAUGGUGUUUCCUUCUCCAAUUUUAUUGUAAACUCUAAUAACAUUCUUGGUUUCAGAAUGUACAUUCUUUCGUUUAGUUAAUUAUUCGUUUCAGAUUGUUUGACUUGAAUUUUUAAGUCAAACAAAAUUCAGAUUGUUUUAAAGGGAAAAUUUUAGAAUAAGGGUGUAUAUAGUAAACUUAUUACGAAAA